AUGGAGGCCCCCGGCUCUGAGGCGGGCCCGGGGCCCCAGGAAGCUCCCAAUGUGGCGAUUGAGGCUGUGACAAACGCUUCUAUUUUGCCGUAUUUUCUGCAAGAGGUGCGGCGGCAGGAUGGGGAAGCAUCCCUGGCUGUCGAGCAUCCUGGGGAGACGGUUAGGCGGGUUGUGAGCACGCCUUAUUUUGGGGGUUCUGACGGGCAGCCGAGCCUUCCGAAUAAGCCUCGAGCUCUUCAACAAAAGAGCACCCCUCCAGCAGUACUUACACUGUCUCCUCUAAAGGCACUAAAGGAAGUACUUGGGGAGAGCCCAAAAGGGGAGUGGCUGGCGGCCUCUCUGGACUCUGCCUGUCAGUCAUCAGAGGCGCUCUCUCUCUUGAAUCAUAUGCGGGCCUUAGCGUCUCGGCUCUUUGCAGAAAAUGCAUUGCUAAAGUCACAAGCGCAGCUGGAGGGCAAGCCAUACCACCAGGGGGCCCGUCCACGCCACAGGCGCACGCCCAGGGAGCAGUUGGUUUCAAAUGAUGAGGCGCGGCGCGUCCGGGAUAUUACAGAGGAGAACAGUUACCUGAAGAGCUUCAUAAACGCAGAUGCGCGGGUGCUUCAGAAUGCAAAAUUGGCGCGGAUUCAGAAGGAGCUUCAAGCAGCUCUGGAGAAAAACCAGACGCUGCAGGAACAGGCGCAGAAGGACCGAGCGAUCAUUGCCGAGUUGGAGUUAAGGAGCCGCGCCUUUGCGGAUGCGUAUGCGUGGCUUACGAGUCACAACAGAAUGAUUCAUGCACGGGACGCCCCCACGCUCGUGGCUUUAUGGCGUAAGCGAGUUGCUGCAACAGGGGCUGCAGGCCAGGGGACCCUCAUGCCUGAAUUCGCCGAAGACCUAUCGGCAGCUUACAUAGCUGCCGACUCAGAGGAAGAUACAGAGGCUACUUCAGAAGAUGGAAACGAGGAGGGUUCUCAGUAUACGCGACAACUGGCAGCCGCGCUCAGGGAAGCAGAGACGACAAGCGAGGUGCGGCAGGCGCAGACAAGGGCCAGACUAGCAGAGCGACGGGCUGAGGAGGCAGAGAGGCUGUUAGUCGAGACUCGGGCUCAACUGAAGAAGCCUGAAAAGGCUGCUUCCAAAGCCGCAGCCAAUCCCCCAGCGCCGUGCUCGGCUGCGCUGAGCAACCAUGAGGUGAAGCUGGAGGCAGCCUUGAAAGAGAGCCAGCUGCGCGCUGCCGCAGCGGAGAGGGAAUGUACCAAGCUUGCAGAGCAGCUGUCAAAAGCACAGAAGGCUGUGGACGCUGCGGUCCUGGCGCGAAAACGUGCAGAACAAGAAAAGGCCCAAGCCAUGGCGGAAGCUGAAGCGCGAAUGAGUGCAGAGAGAGCACAGUUCGCGUCAGAACUGGCGAAUAUGAAAGCACAGCACCAAACGGAGAUUGGAAAACUCAAUACUGCAGCUAAAGAAGCAGCAGAACUGCGGCUGAAGCUGCGAGACGCACAACAGCAAUGUGCGGACUUGCGGGCUGAGUUGGAUACAGCGAAGCUCGAGACGGGUGGCGCUCAAAUUUCUAAGGUAGCCUCAUCUAGGAAUCUGGUUUCACCUGCUGCUUCUGACAUAUCUACCCUUACAUCUGAGCGGGACACAUACAAGGCGACGGCCUUGCGGUUGGAGAUGGACAUCAAGCGGCUGAAGGCUAGAUUGGACGAGGCAGCGCAGCUAGAAAAGACAGUCUUUGCUUUGAAGGAAAAAUUAUCAGCGGGAGAGGAGCUGAAGAAGGCGUACGAGAAUUUGCAGCGCGAAGCAAGCACCCUGAGAGGCAAACUCAGCGAGGUCCACGCAACGGAACCACAAAAAGGCCCCAGACAACAAGACUUGGCGAAGCAAGCCAUGGAAGAACUUGCAAGAGAUAAAGCUGCUAUGACUGAGAAAUACGAGUUUCUGAAGAAGAAGGUGGGCGAACUGGAAGAGCAGCUGGAGCAGCAGCGCUCAGAGAAUCAAAUGCUAAAGGCAGGUAGAGAGGACGCUUACAAGGUUUCGCAGCCAGAGGCCACUCAACCUUCCAGCAAAGCCGGCACACCAACGCCUGAUGAAGUUGCUGCCCUCAUAAAGGAACGGGAUAGUUUACAGGAAAAGAUUUUGAGCCUGGAGAAGGAGCUCAGUGAUUUUCGCACUUCCUCCUCGAGGGGCCCUGCCAAAGAGCCAGUAGUAGCCAAGCCUUCUGCUGGCGGCGCACGCGCGGAAGUGGCGAAAAAGUCUCCUCCAUCAGGCGCAGCAAAGGCAGUUGCAAAGGACACGAAGGUUCCAGCCCCUCCAAAGAAGGUUAUACCAACGGAAGCAGUUAUUUCCAGCUCGGAUAGUUUCUCAGCGGAGGCUAGGGAAAAGCUUGAGAAGGAGGUUGAUGCCCUGAAAGAGCAACUGCUUGCUGGCAAGGAAGUACAAACGGCCUAUGAAGCUCUGCAGAAAGAAGUGGAGAGUCUCAGAGGUCAGCUCAAGGAUGCCCAAGCUUUAGGUCAGCCUAAGGGGCCUCCUCCCACGGCUCCGGCUAGUAGCUCUGCUGGAAAGACCGCUCCACCCCUACCCGGGGACCAUCUGGCACUUGUCGAAGAACGUGACAACCUACUGCAGAAAGUGAAGGCCCUAGAAGCAGAGCUUACAGCCCUUAAAGCCCAGUCUUCGACACUUGCGUCUGCUAAGCAGGUGUUGGAGAGCAAGGCCUUGCCACCUCCCCAGCGAGCUCGGCCGUCAAAGGCGGGGGCAACUGCGAAGCCUGCCCCUCUAGCAAAAGGCACUGUCCAAGAGCCUUCAGCAACUGCUGGCGAUCAAGCAGCUGCUCAGGAGCAAGAGAAGUUAAAGGAAGAGAUACGCGCUCUCCGAGAACAAGUGGCAGCGGGGGAGGAGCUAAAGAUGGCGCAUGAGUCUUUGAAGAGAGAGAUGGAACGGAUGCAAGCUGAAAACAGUGCGCUUAAGAAGAACGAAGAAGCUUCCAAGGCUCUUCCACCGAAGGUUCCUCAACCUGUUAGCAAGGCUGCAAUGCCGACACCUGAUGAAGUUGCUGCUCUCAUAAAGGAACGCGACACUUGGAAGGAUCGAGUGGAGGGCCUUGAGAAGGAGCUCAGCGAUAUUCGCACCUCCUCCAGGAGUCAUGCCAAAGAGGCACCAGCUGCAAAGACUUCUGCCAAUGGAACUCACGCGGAAGUGCUGAAGAAGCCUCCCACGCCAAUGCCGAAGCCAGGUGGGACUGCUGUUGAAUCUGGCAAGGCGAUAGGAGCCGAAGCCGGGGUGGAAGUGCCUCCCGCUGAUAGUGUGGCGACUCCUUUAUCGAAGUCGAAGUCGCCAGUGACUAAAAGGCCUCCUGGUGCAUUGCCAGCCAAGGCAGGAAAGGCCCUUUCUCCGGCUGCAACGCCGCCGGCUGAAGGCAGCAUCCCUGCUGCGAAGGCUCCCCCUGUAGAGGCUGGUGCAGGCACUCUAGAUUCUUCGCUAGAAGGGGAGAAGGCAAAGGUGGUUGCCGAGCUUGAGGAGGAGUUGAAGGCCUUAAGGCCCAAGGCAGAAGCUGCAGCGCAGCUGACGCAAGACAUUGCACGACUUCGCGAACAAGUGGCUGCUGGGGAAGUGCUAAAGACGGCUCAUGAAGCCUUAGAAAAGGAACACGAGCUGUUGAAGAAGCAGCUUUGUGAAAUGCAAGAUCAAAGUGGCUCUGUGAGUGCAAAUGGUGAUAGGGGAAAAGCAGAUUCUGUUCCGUCUGCCAAUGAUUUGAUUGCAAUUCAGAAAGAGCGGGACGAUCUAAAAGGCCAAGUAGCAAGACUUGAAACAGAGCUUGCGGCUUUGCGGGAAACUUCAAAGGCGCCUGAAAAAGCGGCCCCAGGCAGCAAAGAAGUAUCAACCGCGAAGUCCCCAGGAAAAGUUCCCCCUCCUGCGUCGGUUAAGAAGACUCCAUUGCCUCCACCCAAGCCGGGAAAGGCUGCAGCUGACGCCCUUGGGCCGAAGGCUGUUGCUGAUGAGAAGGGAGAACAGGCAUCCCCUGCACCAAAGCUGGGGCGUGCGGCGAGUAAGACGGCAAUUGACACGCUGCCACCUAAGGGCAGUGCAGGGCCUGCUGCCGCUGCAAAACUCGCAGAAACAGCAGGCGCAAGUGAAGCAAGCGGAACGAAGCCCCCACUUGGCGGCGAGACUUUGCCGCCCCACAAACUCGGGCCACCACUGGGUAAAAAGGCAUUGCCUCCCAAAAGUGGCAAGGCGCCGCUUCCAGCUGCAGUUACAAGUGCUGCAAAGGAGGAAUCAGCCUCAGAUGAGGCCACUGCUGUAUGUAGAGCGUAUAGCACAGCCAAGCAGGCUGAUAAGCCUUCGCAAGAUGGGACAAGCGGGGCCUUAUCCCCAUCGAAACCGAUUGCAAAGGACACUAAGGUUCCAGCUCCCCCGAAAAAGGCUUCUCCUGUGGAGGCUCCCAGCAGCGGUGGAGGCAACUUUACGUUGGAAGCUAAAACGAAGCUUGAGAAGGAAAUCGAGUCUUUACGGGAGAAGCUUGCAGACAGUGAGAAACUGCGGGUGGCGAAUGGGACCUUACAGAAGGAAGUAGAGGCUCUUCAAGGCGAACUGAAUGCGAUCAAGACCAAAGCAGAGUCUGGUGCUACUGAGGCGGCUAGCGGGGCCAGCCCAGCCAUGGUAGGCGAGAUGGACACUUUGCGGAAGGAACGCAACAGUCUGCAGGAGCGUGUAGCAGCCCUGGAAGCAGAGCUCAUCACUCUCCGGGCCCCACGAGACGAGACAGCCGCCAUUCCAAAGACUAAGGCAAGACUGCCACCCAAGGGCAAACCGGCUAAAGAGCCACUGCCUAGCAAAGUUUCUCAGAGCCCUGGUGAGAAAGAGCGGCCAGAUGCCAAGGCUUCUGAGGCGCCUGAGCCAGCGGCUACAAGCCCCUCUGCGAUUUCUGCCGAAGGUGAAGCAGGUGGGGAGCAAACCGGUGUAGGAAAGGCGCCCCGUGAGGAUACAGGAGCUCCAGUUGGCCCUCCAGACAAGGCGAAUCUCCUUACAGAGGAAGUACUUUCUAAGUCGGACGCGGAAACGGAUGUUGGGGACUCAGGUGCUGAGAGCCAUUCAGAAGAGGAGCGGGUGGCGACACUAAAAGAGCGCCUUCAACGAGCCAAACGCCGAGUUCGCAACCUGGUUGUGAAGUGUAACGCACUAAUAGAGAUGGAGAAGGAACGAGAUAGUUUCCGCAGCAGAUUGGAGUCUCUGCAGGCCAAGCACGACGCUCUUCGCAAGGCGCAAAUGGAGGCUAGGGACAAGGAGAAUGCGAGUGCAGCAAAGUCGGCCUCUGAUACAGUCCUGCCAUCCUCCCCUUCAGUGUCAGAUACGGGUAGUGCCUCGCUGAUGGAAACAGGGAUGUCUGCUCAGAGCACUUCGGCGCAGCUGGAUGCUGCCUCCGCUGCAGAGCUUACUGAGAAGUACGACAAGCUGAAAGUUCAACGAGACAAGUUGUAUCAGUCGUACAAAGCCCAAAAAGAACGCAUUGCGGAGCUAGAGCAACAAGGGAUUGCCACCCAAGAACGGCUAGAACGAGCGGAGCGUCUCUACCAUGAGACUCAGGAGGAACUCAGAAUCGUUACGCAGCCCGCCACCCAGGCGGAGGAUGCCGAGCCAACGGGUCUAUUAUCGUGGUUUGGUGGAGGUGGGACUCCGACCUCGAAGAGCCCUGACGAAGCGAAACUGCGUGCAAGGCUGGAACUGAUGCAGCAGAGGCUUAAGAAUGCACUGGCAGAUAAUGAAUCUCUCAGUGCUAAGCUGGCACAGUUAAGAACUUCCCCCAAAGGAUCUCCAAGGGAAACGAGUGGGACAGCGGAGGCCGAGGGCGAGCCUCGUCAGAUGCCCAAGGGCACCGCCAAGCAUAAGUCCCCUGAAGCAGGGGAAAAGAAAGUCGCACAAGCCAAAGUACCCCUAAAGUCGAAGGCUCCUCCUGCAACUGAGGGAGGUGCUCGGGAGGGCGCAGAGACUCUCGCCCAGUUGGCUGAGCUACAGAAACAAAUCAAGGAGAAGGAUGCACAAAUUGAGGCACACAAGGCCGAGAUUGUCAGGCUCGGGGCUGCUACGGCGGCAGCUGGGGGUGAGGGUGCCCUUAGGAGUGAGCUGGCGAAGCGGGAGGAAGAGCUCAAGACGAAAACAGUGCAGUUAGAAAAGGCCACCGAAGAAGCUAAGGAGAACGAGAAGCUGAUACAGGCAAAGGAUGAAGAACUUAAGAAGUUGAAAGCCAAGUUGGAAGCCCUAGAAAAGGAAAAGGCGCAGGCAAUUAGUGAGACCAACGCCCUAAAGAAACAGCUCGAAGAAGUACAAAAGGAACUAGAGCUCCUGAAGGGCGGAGGAUCGGGCGCAACCGUACCGUCAGCAAAAUCAAAAGACGUGGGAGAGGCGUCUCUGCCGGCUAAGGCUGUAAAGAGGGCCCCCAGCUUAACAAAACGGGCCGCCGGGCCUCCUUCUCCACCACAGAAGUCGGAAAGUCCAGUCGCGGCACCAGCAGCUGCAACUUCUGGGCAAACACCCGAGGUGGCAAAAAAGAAGCCAAAGGCUUCGACUCUAAAGGCACAAGACGCGACACCCAAAGCCCCAGCAGAAGAGGAAAAGAGUCCCACUGGCGCGGCCCCUACAGAGAGGCAGGGUGCUGCCGGUGAAGGCUUCGAAGCCGACAGUCUCUCUGCCAAGAAGACCACGAAGGCUGAAGAUACUGAGGAAGAGAAGAAGCCGAAGAAGUCGUCCAAGGAUAAAACUGGAGAUACAAAGAAAAAGAAGAAGAAGGAAGUCGCAUUUGAUGAGGGGGCAGGCCCACCGUCGGACAAAGAGAGUGUCGCUCCCGCUGAGGAGGACGCCAAAAGUACCGCAGUGGCUACCUCAAAUGUUGGGUGGGGCUUCGGUCUGUUUGAUAAUUCCGCCCCGUCGGCGCCUCCAGAGGACAACGAAAAAGAGCCACCAGCGGAUUCACAAGCUGCUGCCCGCCCUUCGCUUCUUUCACUGAUUGUCGGGCCCGAACCCGCUGCGGAGCCUCCAAAAGAGCGCGAUCUCCCUCCUUUGAGGCUCUCAGCAGUAGAAGGCGCUGAUGAUCAAAGCGAUGACUCUUCCAGUGAGAGUGAAGCCGAAGGCGGAAUCGCAGCGACGGUUGCAGGCUUCUUUUGGGGCGCAUAA